UUGUUCGACUGGCGGCACUCCCUCCCCGUCUGGAUCGCGUCGCACGUGCUGCUCCCCGUCUCGUACGCUUCCGCAACUCCCACCCUCAAGCUUCGUCGCUUCGUCUUCCUUCCUGCCCCGUCCCACAUGCCCCAAAUCCCAAAUCCUGUUUCCAGUCUACCGGGGGAAAAAAAAAAAAUCCUGCCUCUAGACAUUAUUUUGGGCUUACACAUCUCAAGGCGAAAUAAAAAUGAUCCAAUAGUCGCGGGCAUAGAUCUCAACGUUUUUUUUCUUUCUUUUGAAUUUUCGUUUAUUUCUGUUUCUUCAUUUUUGUUUUCUUUUUAAUUAGUGAGUGGUAAGAUUUUCCGCUUGCUUGAGUAACGUUAUCAAGAGCUGUGCUUUGCUCGCCAUUGACUUGACCCCGGCUCACUCGUUCCGCGAACGAAAGCCAAAGCCCUCUUCCUUGUUUGCCGUGUCUGAUCCGAGCAGAGCAAGGAGGAAACGAAGGUUGUGCAAUGGCGAGCGCUUUCCUCUCUUCCAUCCUAUCAACAACCAGCCAAGUACUGGGCUUUGUUCGGAGAUCGGCAGUCUCGCCGUCUUCAUCAUCGGAUCCACGCAGCAGUGUCUUGAAAGAUCUGGAGAAGCUGGAGAGAACAUUGAAGAGGAUCCAGGCAGUGCUCCAUGACGCGGAGGAGAGGGAGAUACGAGACGAAUCCGUCAAGCUCUGGCUCAAGGAGCUUAAAGAGGUGGCUUAUGAAGCAGACGACGUGCUGGACGAGUACCAGUACGGGGUACUGCGAGCUCAAGUGGAAGGCCGACCUUCCCGCAAGGGGAAGCGAGUGGAAGGGGACGAUGAGGAAGAGGUUUCAAUUCCGGAAGGCAUGGGGGAUAGAAUCAGGGAGAUCAAGGAGAGGUUCGAUGAGAUCUCGCAGGAUCGGGAACGCCUCCAUUUAAAGGAGGAAGAUGGAGAGCGACGGGUCCUCGAACCUCCGUACCCCGCGCCAACCAGCCACAUGGUGGAAGAGUCGAGUAUUUAUGGAAGGGAACGCGAUAAGCAGGAGGUAAUUAAUUUGCUGUUUUCCGAGGGUGUGGGAAAUGGUGUCUCCGUCAUUCCGAUUGUCGGCAAGGGGGGACUGGGAAAAACCACCAUCGCCCAGUUGGUCUACAACGACCCCAAGGUAAAACAAUAUUUCAAUCUAACUGGAUGGGUUUGUGUAUCCAAUGAUUUUGAUGUUCCAAGGCUAACAAAAGCCAUCAUUGAGUCUCUUCCUGGAAGUUCAUGUGAUUCUACACAACUAAGCAAGCUUCAAGAUACUCUCAAGGAAAAGCUGAAGGGGAAGAGAGUGUUGCUCGUGCUCGACGACGUCUGGAAUGAUCAGCAAAGCCGUUGGGAGUCCUUAAGAAACCCCUUCGUUGGUGCAGAAACGGUGAGAAUUAUCAUGACCUGUAGGAAUGAUUCGGUCGCCGAGAUCAUGCAGACAGUGCGUCCUUAUCAUCCUGACUGCUUGUCUCCAGAGCAGUCUUGGUCAUUAUUCAGACAUUAUGCAUUUGGUGGUCAAGACCCUGUACAACAACCAAGCUUGGUGGAUAUGGGUAAGCAGAUUGUCGAGAAGUGUUCCGGUUUACCAUUGGCUGUGAAGUCACUAGGAAGCCUUCUGAGAUGCAGGGUAGAUGAAGAUAGCUGGAUGGACGUCAUACAAAGUGAUAUAUGGGAAGUCGACGAGAAGAAUGAGAUUUUGCCAGCUCUUAGAUUAAGCUAUAGCCGCAUGCCAGCACAUCUAAAACCUUGUUUCGUUUAUUGUUCCAUGUUUUCCAAGGAUUAUAAGUUUGACAAAGAUGAAUUAGUCAGAUUGUGGAUGGCGCAAGGUUACAUCCAGACAUCUAGAGGUAGAAGAAGAAUUGAAGACAUUGGCAAUGAAUACUUCAAUGACUUGCAAAGAAGAUCGUUCUUUGAUUUCGAUUCUUCCGAGUUCUUUAAGAUGCAUGAUAUGAUACAUGAUCUAGCGAAAUCUAUUGCAGGAAAUGAGUGCUUGGCAAUUGUGGAUAAGAAGCUACGCAGUCUCCCCGAUGAGGUUUGCCUUGAUAAGGUUCGCCAUUUAUACGUGGGACUGGGAGAUGAAGAGGAAUUUGUGAAAUCACUGCGCUCGUAUAAUUUUAGCGCCUUACGGACCUUGUUAUUAUGGGGCUCUACAGUUUUGUUGGCAAAGAGAAAUCACUGCGCUCGUAUAAUCCCAGAAAUAAUCAAGAAUCUGCCGCUACUAAGAGGUUUACGGACCCUACAGUUUUUUUGGGAAAGGAAAGAUGAGAUACCAGAUUUAUUCGGGAACCUGAAGCACCUACGCCACUUAUAUAUCCAAUCUCAUUAUAUGGAGAAGGUCCCUGAAUCAAUAUGCCUCCUUUAUCACCUACAGACAUUGGUACUUCAUUGCCCGCGUCUUGCAGAGCUACCUGAUGGCCUACGUAACCUUACUAGCCUACGAUACUUUAAACUAUUCACAGAUCGUAUUAAAAGGCUGACUGGAACAGUUUGUCAGCUCCGCAACCUGCAGAUGUUGGUUCUUAAUGGGUGCACGGAUCUUGAAGAGUUACCCAGUGGCAUAGGAAGCCUUCCUAACCUCCGCCACCUAUAUUAUCUGAACACUACAAUUCUCUGCCUGCCAGCUGGAAUUGGAAAACUAAAAAAUCUUCAGAUGUGUGGCACUUAUAAAGUGAAUGGUGGGAUGUCGGUCUUCCCAAAUCUUCAUGGCUCAGGAGCGUGGUCAAUAUAGAGGUAGCCAGCGAUGCCGGUCUUAAAUAUAAGCAUAAACUUGAGAAGUUGUUUCUACAUUGGAAUGCGGUUGACUGCAAGUAUCAUCUGGGGAUGGCAGAUGAGGGAUUGCAACAUGGGUCAAUUUCUACCGCUCGCGCUUCCUUCUGGUUGCUGAUCGCAGUCCCCGGUACAUAACAAUGCAGAAUCAUCGAAUUGAACAUGUGCUGGCAUGGUGCGCACAUUGCGCCGGUAGGUGUCUCGCAAGGGUACGGAUUCCUUGAUGAAUAACACCUCCACUUUGCAACUCCGGGAGCCAAGAAACAGUGAAAACAAGCUGUAGUUAAUAGGUGCCCUUCAAAGAAGACCCCGCUCGUCCCAUCCUCCCGUUUUGGUUGCAACCAUGCCUAAGAUGAUCGAGGAGAUUGAAUGAUUACUCAAGGCAGGCUUUAUCUGGACCAGAUGGUCAACCAUACAGAAUGAUCUCCCAAGUGGUUUGGACGUCAGAGGAAGCUGCAAAUGAAUAUUCUAUAUUUCACUUGGAGAGGUCCUCUUUUCUCAUUUGUGUGGUCGCUUUAGGGACUAUAUGCUUUCAAUCAAGAGUAUGAAAUGAAAAUUUUAAUUGGGAGGUGGAGGUUUCCAUGUGGCCAUUGCAUUCUUUUUGCUUUCUCUACUGCCAUCUUUUUCUAAUUGAAAACAUAGUGGACUAAAUGUGUCUCAAUGAGUGUCUUGUGACCUAUAAGAAAAAUAAAGGAAGAAAAUUGUAUUUUUGUCAUGUACAGAAGUAGCCUUUAUAUGGUAUUAGGAGGCUAAUGAAGUUUGGUAAGGCCGACUAAGUUUGGCAUAAUUAACCUUUAUGGAGGCCGACUAAGUUUGGCACAAUCAAUCACAUUAGAAUCAACAAUGAUUCUAACA